AUGGGGGUGAGAUAUUAUUGACUCGAGUUGAAGAUAUAUAGACAGAAGCUUUGUGGUUGUGCCUGUAACACAGCUGGUAGGAGGUCAGUAGGAGGAAAGUGAUGGAUAGCAGGUCGUGACAAAAAAUUCGAGCAGAUGUGAAACACUGCCUGCUUUAGAUCAGCUCUAAAGACCGAGAGGAUCAACCUUUUUCCCGGUGGUUCUGCUUUUCUGCUCCUGGAUACACAAUACUAACUCCCCAGAAACAUUACCCUGAUGGCCCGAUCUUCUAGCCGAGUGUGAUAGUGACACACAAACCAAACACUUCCUGGAGGUCUUUCCUACACGCACUUCUAUACAUAGAGACUGCCAUAGAGGUGCGAGCAUGUCUGAACUUGGAACCUGCAGUGGUGCAGCUAGUUUAGAAGAAACAGGACAGAAGGCAGACGCUGAUGAACCAGUUUAUGCUGAGCUUCCUCCAGCCUGCACUGAAGAGACGAGUCAGUCUGCUUUCAAACAGCUGCCUCUCAGUGAAGGAAUGGAGAUAGAGUUUGGUCCGCCCAAUACAUGCAUUGAGACACUAACAGGAGUUAGUGAUGGUCGGGAUGCUGAUGAAAUCCAAGAUAAAGUGUUCCUUCAAUCAGAAGAUGCUGAAGCGAGACCUGGAGAACUGAUGGAACGAAAUGAAGAGUGGCAAGAAAAUGAAGAGACAAUCACAGUGACUGAGAGUAGAGCAGAUGAUGGUGGAGAUGAGCAGGAAAACACUGAGCCCACUGAGUAUCAACAUCAGUACCUGGGCCUGGAUUUCAGUCAGAACCUCCAGAUGCUGACAGGCUCUUGGGCAGAAUACACACAGACUCCAGAGAACUACCUCAAAGGCUGCAAAUGGGCUCCAGAUGGUUCCUGUAUCCUUUCGAACAGUGCAGAUAAUGUGCUGCGUGUGUAUAAUCUCCCGCCUGAGCUCUACAGCAGCAGCUGGGAUCUGCUCUCUGAGAUGAGUCCUGUGCUGAGAAUGAGUGAAGGAGACACCAUUUAUGACUACUGCUGGUUUUCAAAGAUGAGCUCUUUGGAUCCAGACACCUGCUUCAUCGCAAGCAGUAGCCGUGACAACCCAGUCCACAUAUGGGAUGCUUUCUAUGGUAACCUCCGUGCAACGUUUCGACCCUACAACCACCUGGAUGAACUCACUGCGGCCCAUUCGCUGUGUUUCUCUCCGGAUGGCUCACAGCUCUACUGCGGAUUUGAUAAGACAGUCAGGGUGUUCUACACAGACCGCCCUGGCCGGAAUUGUGAGCAGAGGCCUACUGUUGUGAAGAAACAGGGACAGAAUGGUAUAAUCUCCUGCAUAGCAUUUAAUCCGUCUCAGCCAGUGUACGCUUGUGGUUCAUAUUCACGGACAGUGGGCCUGUACUCAUGUGAGGACGGAUCAAUGUUGUCUCUUUUGCCCCAACGUCACCAUGGUGGAGUCACACACCUACUCUUCUCACCGGAUGGCAACCACCUGUACACGGGUGCCCGCAAGGAUCAAGAGAUCCUGUGUUGGGAUCUCAGAGAUCCUGGUCAGGUUCUGUUCUCAGUAACCAGAAAUGUCAACACUAACCAGCGCAUUUACUUCGACCUAGAUCCGUCUGGCCGGUACCUUGUGAGUGGAGACACAGGGGGAGCGAUGUCAGUAUGGGACACGCUCACAGCAAAUCCUGAUGGUAAUGAAGAAGUGCUCCCGCCUGCGCUCCAGUUUCAGGCUCACGCAGACUGCACUAAUGGCAUCAGUCUCCAUCCUUUUAUGCCAUUAGUGGCGUCCUGCAGCGGUCAGCGUCAGUUUCCAUGGCCUGGAGACAGCGAUGACUCAGACGUUGAGGAGAGCAGGAUGAUGACAUCCAGCGACAUCAGAGAGGACAAUGGGCUCGUUCUGUGGUGGGCAGGACCACCGGGUUCAACCAAUGAACAGGUGGAGGAAGAAGAGAGAAUGCCUUAAGAACUCAUCAUCUGUAACUCAGAUUUUUUGCAAACCGGACCGAGUUUUUCAAACCAACUGAUCGCAGUAAUGACUGUGAAAGGAAUUAUGUUGCCCUGUGAGCUCUUUCAGAGACAACUUGCAAACAAUGAGCUAAAGACUUUAUUGAUCAGUGAAGAACUUGUAAUGUGUUUCGAGUGAGGUCUUUCACAGAUUUUAAAAGCUCAUUUAGUAAUAAAAGUGAAGGCCUGUCCCAGAAAGUGAUUUUUUUUUUUUAAUCCAUUAGUGAAUUAGUUCAGUUAAUAUGGCCAAGGUCUUUUUUUUUAAUUGGGUUUUUUUUAUUUUGUAAGGAAGUUGGAUUCUCUUUAGUGUUACACUGAUCUCUCAGUAACCGUUUUACUUCCUGUUUUUUAACUUGCACUAUUUGCUGGUUUGUUUACAGCAACUAUGAUAAAAGCUUUUCUCUUCUUAUGAGAAAUUGAAAAAGCCAUUUUCUUGAACACAAAGUUUUAUAAACGGUCAUGUCGGAGAUAAGAAUGGAAGCAAACACUGAA